AUGACCAAUCAAACAGUCGUCGGCGAAAGGCCCAAUGACACCGGAAGCGAGGACUUUUUAUUCUUCUACAUGCCUGAUGCGUUGCAUGGCGAGUUUUGCCAGUGGUAUCCUUCCGUUUUCGAAGUCUCACGCGCAGUGAUCCAAGAUCUCGUGGGCAAUGGCUUGGCCCCUGACGUGGGGGGAAGCGUCGAUUCUACAUCUGGCAUCCCUGCCAUGAUCAAAUUCAAUUGCGCCGAGCAAUUUAUGAUGCUUUGCAAGGCAGCUCGCUUCAGCGACCACGAUCGCCAGCGUCGAAUUAUGGCAACUGACAGCCCAAAAGAACAGAAGAGACUGGCAAAGCUGACCGUCAGCUUUACGGAAGCACGAUGGGACGAGGUGAAGAGUCAGGUCGUCGAAGCUGGCAACUUGGCCAAGUUCACUCAGAACAUCCAUCUCCAGAGGAAGCUGUUGGCUACAGGCGACAGAAUACUCUGUGAAGCGGCAUCCAGAGAUCGUGUUUGGGGAAUCGGGUAUACGGCUAAGCAUGCAAUGUCGCAAAGAAAGCAUUGGGGGGAGAACAGGCUGGGGAAAGCUCUGAUGGCUGUUAGGACGCGACUUCGUGAAGUUGAGGAAGAGCAGAGACGCGUUGAGAGACCGUGGGAGUACAAGGAGACUGUCACUUGA